GCCGAAAGAGUAAAAAAAGAAGGCCCACGGAAUGUGUUAGCUCUGCGUAGGUGGCAAGUCAUCGUCGUGAAGGAGUUCAGAAGCAGAUUCAGAUCUAUGAAUAUGAUGAUACGUUGAGAUCGGAUUUGCUCACAUUCUGAACCGAAACCAGAGCAAUGGCCAUGGCCGAAAUGCGAACGGCAUUCUCGCUGCUCAUCUUCUUCUUCCUCCUCUCCCCCUCCACGGCGGAGAUAAAGUCCCUCACCAUAAGCUCCGAUACCCGCCCCAUGAUCCUGUUCGAGAAAUUCGGGUUUACUCACAAAGGCCAUGUGUCCAUUGCAGUGUCCUCGGUCUCCGUGGGCGUGCUCUCCUCGGCGGUGCAGCCGGAAUCGUCGCGGUUGGGAUUCUUCCUCCUGAACGAAGAGUCUCUCCUCCAAGUGCUGAUGGAGAUCCAACAGAACCCUUCCUUCUGCGUCCUCGACUCCCACUACAUCCUCCUCCUCUUCACAUUCCGCGACCUCUCCCCUCCCCCCUUGGCCUCCUUCAACCGCUCGUACCCGGUCACCUCCCCCAACGAGUAUAGCCUCUUCUUCGCCAACUGCGCACCGGAAACCUCGGUCACCAUGGUCGUCCACACCGAGGCCUAUAAUCUCGACUCCGACGCUUCCCGCGACUACCUCUCCGCCGGUCAGACCCAGCUCCCCUCCCUCUUCUUCCUCUUCUCCAUAACCUACUUCGCCAUCUUCGUCUUCUGGCUCUACAUCUGCUACACCAACAGGCGCUCGGUUCACCGCAUUCACAUCCUCAUGGCUCUCUUGCUCCUCAUGAAGGCCUUGAAUCUAAUCUGCGCCGCUGAGGAUAAGCAUUACGUAAAAGUCACCGGCCUCCCUCAUGGCUGGGACGUGUUGUUUUAUAUAUUUCAGUUCAUCCGCGUCGUUUUGCUAUUCACCGUCAUCGUUUUGAUAGGGACGGGAUGGUCUUUUCUCAAGCCCUUUUUGCAGGACAGGGAGAAGAAGGUCUUAAUGAUUGUGAUCCCGCUUCAGGUUCUGGCUAACUUGGCUUCCGUUGUGAUUGGGGAAACCGGGCCUUUUAUCAAAGACUGGGUUACUUGGAACCAGGUGUUUUUGCUUGUGGAUAUUAUAUGCUGUUGUGCUAUUAUUUUCCCCAUUGUUUGGUCUAUAAGGUCGCUGAGAGAGACUUCCAAAACUGAUGGGAAGGCUUCGAGGAAUUUGGCUAAGUUAACGCUUUUCAGACAGUUUUAUAUUGUUGUUAUUGGCUACUUGUAUUUCACCAGAAUAGUGGUGUUUGCUUUGAGGACUAUUGCGGCUUAUAAGUACCAAUGGGUGAGCAAUGCUGCGGAGGAAACUGCUAGUCUUGCGUUUUAUGUUGUCAUGUUCUACAUGUUUAGACCUGUGGAGAAGAAUGAGUACUUUGUUCUUGAUGAGGAGGAGGAGGAGGCUGCGGAAAUUGCUCUCAAGGAUGAAGAUUUUGAGCUUUGAAGAUCUUGAUUAUGGAAUUUGAAUGGAUGUUCACGUGCUUACCCUUUUCUCCUUUGUUUUACUAUACCCCUUUCAACCUUCUGCUGCCAGAGAAGUGUCUACAAGGGAAUACUGCCUCUAUAUUUAGCUUCUUUUUUUUCUUGGUUAGCUUUGAUGAUGAUGAUGAUGAUGAAUUCCGCGGCAUAGAAAAAGGUUUUCUACUUUCCUUUUGUCCAUUUCAAGCUAUAUGUCAUUUUGAGAAGUUGUACCGGUGAGAUCUUCUAUUGAUCGGUCAUUAUUGGAUUUCUUCCAUCAUAUUUGGCGGGAACAGGUGCUCUGUACAUUUCUCAAUUCAUUCAUUAGUUUCUUACUUUAUCCAAA